AUGGAGCUGCUGUGUGGAGAUGGAAAUUUGCAGCAGACACUUGCUAAUCCUUUCGAAGAUGUAGUAAAUUGCGAAGCAGAUGUAGAAGUCGAGAAGUGGUUGAAUUACCGUGUUGAUUGGGCUGAGGUUGUGAAACAGCAGAUCACCGACAAAGAUGAGCGUAACGAAGUUCUGGUCAAGUUGACCAUACGGAAUCGGGAGGGAAAAUCGGUGUGGAAUGUUGAGCAGCUCUGUCAGUACAUUAAUGUUUGUAAGUGGUUUGCCGAUUUUGGACAGGAAGCGUUCCCAAACUUGCAAGAAAUUGGCUAG